AUGGCAGAAGAAAACCACCCCUCGAAAAAACGGCGUUUGGAGAACGGUUACACGGCGACACCGGAAACCUCCUCUGACGAGCUUGCAGCAAACUCGGAUGUCGAGCGGAGAGGAGAAAGUUGGGCGGAAGAAACCCCCAUCGUUUACAGAUCGUCUGUGGAAUACAAAAGGGAUCGCUCCGCGAGCCGGAGUCGCAGCCGCGGCCGCGGCCUCAGUCACAGCGGGUCAGGGAGCCCAGACGAGCUCGCAGAGGAUGCCAGCACUUACUGGCGGCGACGGAGGUCCGGGAUACAUAGCAUGGCCUCCUCGCGAGAAGGUAGCCCGCAAGAAAGCGAUCGCCCGGAUGGAUCGGAAGACGGCCCAUUUGAUCGGGGAGUUAGUGAACGCUCCGUCGAACUCGAUUCAUCGCCAACUCCCACACCGCUGUCGCCAUCGCCUCCGCCAAAACCAGAACGAUUAUACUACCGAGAAAAAUUGUGGCAUGUUUCAACUGGAAAACCACAUCCCAACCCUUUCCUCGGCCACCACAACUACAUAUACUCCGUCGCCUUCUCUCCAAAAGGAAACAUGCUUGUCAGUGGAUCGUAUGACGAAGCCGUUUAUCUAUGGGACGUCCGAUCCGCACGGGUAAUGCGCUCACUCCCUGCCCACUCUGAUCCUGUUGCUGGUGUCGAUAUUGUGCGCGAUGGAACGCUUAUUGUUUCAUGUGCAAGUGAUGGCCUCAUUCGCAUUUGGGACACUGGCACAGGGCAAUGCCUCCGGACUCUCGUCCAUGAAGACAAUCCUCCCGUUUCAGCUGUGAAAUUCUCGCCAAAUGGCAAGUACGUGCUCGCAUGGACGCAUGACGACUGCGUUAGGUUGUGGGACUACGUUGAGGGACGAUGUAUCAAGACAUACCAAGGCCAUAAAAAUAGGAAGUAUAGUCUUUCAGGCGCUUUCGGGGUGUACGGUGCACUUGGUGGUGAGGUUAUGGCUUUCGCAGCCAGCGGAAGCGAGGAAUGGGGCGGUGCUUUGCUGGGACGUGGUUAUUGCGGUUUGGACAGGACAAUACGAGUUUGGGAGGAGGAACAGCCCCUUCUAGGGUCGAAUCACCAGACUGGCACAAGGGACAAGCUGCCAGAACAUGAGAUACCAGAGGAUGAGUUAUCGGGUGUCGACGAUACCAUUGAUGCACGUGUACAAGUUGAAGAUGACCUCGACAUGGAUGUUGAUGGUGAUGCCAUUCUGAGAUGA